AUUUUCAUUCAGUAGAUCAUAGCCAUCGUGACCGCCAGUCUGACUGAGUAUGUUCGACGACGAGUGCGGAAAAAUACGUACCAAAACCGCGUAGUAUAGCUUAGUGUAAUCCGGAGAAGAUGUGAGCUAACAAAAUCUUGCCAAAAAGAAAGGAUGCGAUGGAAUUUCAAUUAGACGUUAUUAUUAGCUCAAGGCAUAUACUCAUACGAACAAUUUGAAUUAGUAUUAUACGUACCUAGAUAUUAGCUAGAGAUCUGUUUUGAAAAGUGUCGUUAACGCAAAAGCCACAACAUGUUUAGCUGUCUUUGGCAAUUGUGGGAUUGGAUUGAUCCACCCACGUUCACUACAAUGGAAAGCAAGAAGCUUCAGCAACUGCAGCAGGCUAAUUCGCACUUGGCACCAAUCCCACAAACGAAGCCUACUGCAUUUCAGCAACAAAGCAACGAUUAUCGGCCUAACCGGUCACCAGUAUUCCAAAACCAGCCUCAGUAUCAAAGUUUCGCAUCAAAUUUUGCUCAGAUUAACUACCCGCACCAAAUAAGACCCCAACAAUCUCAACAACAUUUGCAACAACAGCAACAACAACAACAACAGCAACAACAUCUGAGCGCACACAGUAGUCCUAAAUCGAAUAACAACAGUUUGUACCUUAGCGAAUAUUCCAGUUCUAGCCAGGUCGGACAACCGCAACAUCAUCAUACCAUAGGAAGUCAUUACCAUUUCGAUCAAAUCUAUCAAACCAGUUCCCCUUCGAGUGCGAGUGGGGAGCGGGAACGAUUGUACCAAACGGCUCCGAGACCAACGCAGCAUACGCAUACGAGUCCUCAACCUCUGUCGAAGUUGGAACUUCAGUUUCAGCAACUUCAACGAGAAAAAAUUCAAGCACAAAUUAAAACUGCUACUGAAGCACUAGCACAUCAGCAACAGACGUUCGCCCUGAGGCAACAACUGAAUCCGCCAGUUCCCAACUAUCACCUUAAGCAAAACUUACUGCAAAAUCUAUCCCAGCAACAUCAGCAACAGAUUCAACAACAGCAACUGCAGCAACAUCAAAACCGUAAUGCACCACCAUCAAGCUUAAACCUGACUAGCCAUUUCCAACCGGCCCAAGGUCCCAUGAAGCUCAUCAACCAAAACAUCCACGACUACGGAGCUACGGCUACAAACCAGCAUCCAAUGAAUGAAACCUUCUAUCAGACCACCCAACAGAAGCAUGUUCACCCGAAAACACCGAACAACCUACAAUCGCCAGCGUCCAACCAGAUUAUCAUACAGCAAAACAAUCCUGGUCAGGUGGUGAAUCAGGCCUGUCAGACGCAAAUCAGUGGAUUGAAAAGUCAACCUCAGAAUCAAAAAUCUCCCAACUCGGAUUCACUAUCAUCACCUUCGCACGAUGGAUUGGAACGACGGAAAAGUGGACCGGUUCAUACGCUCAAGUCUCCAGUAACGAAGCGACCUACGAAUGCGCCUGUUACCAUGUCCGGUUGGUUGUACAAACAAGGUUCCGACGGUCUCAAAGUAUGGCGCAGACGAUGGUUCGUGCUGUCCGAGUAUAUCCUCUACUAUUACAAAAGCCAAGAGGAGGAGAAACUUCUGGGUACGGUUCUACUGCCGUCGUAUAAAAUAUCGGCGUGUUUUCCGGAGGACAAAGUGUAUCGAAAGUUUGCCUUCAAGUGUGAGCACACGAACAUGCGUACAUUUGUAUUCGCGGCAGAAACAGCCGAAUCGAUGACGGCCUGGGUCCGAUCGCUUACCUUGGCGACUAUGAUGCAGGGAAGUAGCGAAUCGGAGGGAAGUCCACCGUCUAACAAUGCCCGUAGUGGAGAUAACAGUGACUCGGGUAUACAAACGUACCAAUCGCAAGUUUGCAAAUCAGGAAUCGUUCAGGCCCCCGUCACACCCAUAUCUGACAAUGGAGGUGGAUCUCAACCACUGUAUGCCAAUGCUCCACCGAAACCCCGACGCGUCAAUGACGGUGGCUAUUCGUCGCCUAGCCCGGAACAUAUACCAGAACGCUACGAGCAAGAUCAUCAACAAAUUUACGGAACUCGUGACAUCAAUCAAACAAAGACACCUGAUGCGGCCAGCAAUCCAAAUCUUAUGCAGUGCCAAUCACCUAUGAUUAAACGAGGGUACAUCGAACAGCCACCUUAUGAUCCCAACUAUAAUGAUGCAAUCUACGGCAAUGCAAGACGAAUAGAGCGAGAUUUGUACAUUCAAAAGUUAAUACAGCAACAGCAGCAACAACAACAAAAACUACAUCAAUUACAGCAACAGCAGCAACAAAAACAACUGCAGCAGCUUGCAAUGCAACAAAGUCCCCAACACCAACAGCAGCAACGGCUCACUAACCCAUUCAUGCAUCCGAAUGCCGAUAGACGAACACCCGAUACUUAUGGGCCACCACGAACUGCUAUGGAGAAAAAUAUGUCCGACUAUGAAGACAUCUAUAAUUUGGCAGUGCUUUCCAAAUCUCUCCCUCCCAACAUGCCAGAAGAAGUAACGGGAUCUGCCGGAUACCAGCGUCCAAUGAGUCCGUUGCGUUACGACAACAACAAUCAGCAGAACCCGACGAUGCCCAUGCGAUAUACACCCAACCAUCUCGAGAAUUCGCCCGCACACCAGCAGCAACAGCAGCAGCAUGUGCAGAUGCGCAGCCGACCGGUUCAAGCCACAAUUCCACGGCCGCAUUCUGCCGAUUUUCUCGACUACGAAGCCCGGCACCCGAUCAAAGCGAAGCUCAAAGAGGAACCCACGCGAGCACCUCGACCUAAAUCUAGUCUGGACAUCAAUCGUACACCGGAUAACUACUACUAUUCGGAAGCGAGCUACGCAGAAAAAAUGCGAAUGCAAAGUGCAUCCUAUCUACAACGAUCGAAACUGGCAGGGCUGUCUGGAAAACCGCGCGGAGACGAUUUUCAAGCUACCAAUAAUUCUGGCACAGUCCCUCGGGAUGGAUACUACCAUGGUCGAUCGGAUUAUGGCGAUGAACUACAACAACAACAAGGUUCCGCCAGUGUACCCCGAGUACAGCGCAUAACGAUGAACCAACUGAAAAAGUAUCCAUCUCAGCAAGAACAAUUUCUGCGAUCGGCAAGUGCGCGUCUUCCUCGCAAAGAAGAAGAUCAAUCGAUCCGGGAUGGCGAGCGAAAACGAGAAGAAUCGAUGAAGCGAUUGCUGGAAUGGAAGCAGAGAAUGCUUCAAUCUCCAUUGACUCGCAAAAUUUCACAACAACAGCAGCAGCAAAUGUGUGCUAUUGGAUCUCCCAGUUCCACUGGUAAUCCGUUUCUAGCGAAACCGAUUCAAAUCGGAAUGGAACCAGAUGCGUUCAUCGAGCAAAACAAGCACCUGCAAUCUCAGACGGGAACCGAUAGCAAAGCAAACUUGGAGUACAACAGCUACUCAUCGGACGAUGAAGCUUCUAUUUCAGUUCGCAACGUUAAAAAUAUCAACCAAAUGUCGCUAACAGUGAAACCGGAUCCAUCUGACUAUCGAGUGGACCCGACGAUGCACACAUACUACGAUCCAUCACAAACCGAGUAUUACUAUCAGGAACAGGAGCGAUACCUUCGGCCAGAUAUCAGCUUCGAGUCGACACAUGAUUUGUACACGCAGGCGCAACUGCAGCGGACACAGGAAAUGAACCUUCAACAGCAUUACCAAUUAAAGGAUAUCGAUCGUAGUUUGGCAGCUAUGAGUCAAGAAUCACCCGAGGAGAAAUGGACUGGCAACAAUCCAAAUAUGUACUGUGAGCGAGGACCACAGAUUCCCAGUCAUCAGAGGGCAGAACUAAGAACGUUGGAAAUGUCCGCUGGGGACUUACUGAACCGUACUCACGAAGAACUAGUCUUGCUGUUGAUACAAUUACGACGACAAAACAGCAAUACGGCACGCUCAAUCGAGCAAUGUUGCACAAAUAUACACGAUAUUCAGAAUUCUAUACGUAUAUCUGAUGGACCGACUCGAGCGGAAAAUCUUGCACGCUUGGAGGUGCUGAAGAAGCAAUUGACAGAACUGGAGAAACAGUACGAGAAGGAAAAACCUCUUAUAAAUUUGGUCGAUAACAUGGUAAAACUGGGCACACUGUACCGUGGUGCUCCCGGUAAGAAGAGGACGAAUUCGUCCGAAUCUGCUACACUUGAUCGCUUAGAGUUCAAUCAACGGGUUCAGGAGAGACGUUUACUGCAGGAAGAACAACGACAAUGGGAUCGACUUAGUCCAAAUCAUGUUGAGCUGCAGUCGAAGGUGCAGCAGUUAUAUCAGAUCGAUCAAUUGCUCCAGGAGGAAUCCGGUACGUUGCAAAGUCUGCAACGCAACAAAGAAGACAUCGAACGUGCUCUCGUGGGUUUGAAAGCCAGGAUAAUGAAAGCAGAUGCACCCCCGGUAGCGAUUGAAGCCGCUCGACAGCAGCAGCAUACUCUGGAACGUGAACUUUCGCGUGUUCAUCUGCUGCUGGCAGAGAACUCAAAGAAAUUGGAGAAAACGGUCGGUGACAAUGCGCGGUUGGAGCAAGAGUUGCUUGUACUGCGUCAAAAGCUUCAAGCAUCCCGUGCGACCCGUGGUUCCCAGGGAACCCUAACAUCGGGACAAGAUGGACAAUAUGUUGGCACGGCAACGGCAGUUUUAGAAUCUGAAUUACGUCGUGUUCAGAGACUAGUCGGAGAUAUGCAACGCCAACGACAGGAGCUUAGUCAAGCGGUACGGCAACUUACGGACAAUUCCGAUACGCUGAGCAGCCAGAUCAACAAGAAUGGUGAAAAUCGAUCUCAAAUUAAAAAGCGACAGCAUCGGACUUCCUGGAUAGAAACGGAUCUGGAUUCGUUAGUGAGUAAAGAUCAUGGCAAAAAUGAAAGCAGUUCAUCAUUGAAUCUGUCGGAUAAGCAGAGUUCUAUCGGUAGUAGACAUGAGCACGAUCGCUCCGAGAGUUUCGAGUCUUACAGUAUAGACAGUGAUGAUCUCUUGGAAGAUCCUACAGCCGGUCCAUUAGGAUUGCAGGAUAGACAAGAGAUUAAAACUGUUAGGAUUGUGAAACGCGAAUCGGAACGAAGACACCGCGAUCGCGAUAAAGACAAAAGUAACGUUUCGACACAUAGUCUAGAUCAAGUCCUCGAAGAAGAAGCCCAGAUAUUCGAGGAUUAUACGAACUACCAUAGAUCCCGAUCAUUGCCCAGGGGAUACGAAACACACGAAGCUUUUGCUCAGAACCAGGAUAUUCAAACGUAUUCAAAUAACCUCAAGGAUUACUACAGCAUGACUGCGAAUAGUAAUAAUAGUUAUCCGGUGUCAAUGAUUGAUCGGAAGGCAGAUCUUUAUUCCGGUUGUGACCGUCAAGUUAAAACACCAGCAAGCGAAUCGAACAACUUUUCAGUAGGCGGACUGCGGAAUAAGACCGAAUCCGUACAGAGUUUGACCAUUCCAGAACAGAGUCCCGUGUUCCAGAGUGAAGCGGCUAAACAAAUAAUUCAUGAAAUGGCCGGCAAUGGAAAGGACAAUCAGAAACAGACCAGUGCCGGCAGCGUCUCAAACAACGAACGACAACGGCAAAAGGCAGAACAUCUGGCCCAACAGAAUAAACAUCGCCGAUCUGUUCCUAAAGAAAAACGUCGUCAUCACACUGCACCUCACCACGUCACGGCGAAGCAGAUCGAGAUCAUGCAGAGCGAGAAUGAUAUGAACAAAAAUAACAUCAACUGGCGUGCUCGAGAUGAUGUUGACUUAGAGGUAACAUUGCGGCCCCGAUCGAAUGCUCCGGACGUCGUACGAUCAGCGAUCGGUCCACGAGAGAAAAUUUCGGAACACACAAUCGAUAAACUGCUGGCGGCUCCGAGUAAAAUUCUGAUUCCCGAGCGGUACGUUCCCGAGCAAACCCCCGAGCUGUCACCGGAGGAGAAACAACGUCGCCAGGAGAAAGUGGAAGCCAUCAAGAAAAUGCUUUCCGAAACUCCCAUUGCCGGAAAUGAUACUUCUCCGAAUCAACCAGCGAACGCCGAGAAGAGACAGCGAGAACAUCUGCUUCAACUCAACCAAAUCCUAGCCCAGCAGGUCAUGCAGAUGAGCAAAAUAGUGGCCGACGAUAAAUCAAAGGAUCAUAACACAGAAAAUUCGAUGGCAGUGCUGCCCUCCAGCAUCAACAAACUGAAGAAGACCCGCGGUAUGUUCAAAAGUAGCGGCCGUAAGCCGAGUGGCUCAAAUGAUGACGAUGGCGAGGGAACCAAUUAUCGCAGUGACAUGGAAGACGACGACGACGACGAAACCGAAUCUCCGCCUGAACCACUGCCGCUAUAUCAGCAACGUGAAAACUAUUUCACAUAAACAAUCAGGAUUUCAAGGCUCUUAUUGCUUCCAAACGUACAAUUUAUCUCAUAAAUUAGAUGCUCCUUAGUCUGAGGAUACCAUAGAGAAAAUGGAACAAUUGAAUUGAUUUUUCCGUCCAUCAUCGGUUGGUAAUGCCGCUAAAAAUACACUGAGAGAAUAUGCAUUUCCCGCUACUGAAUUGUUAGGCUUCACCCAACCGAGAGAAUUACUUGAAACAUUUGAUUACCGAUAAACAAAUUCAUACUCACGCAUAUCAAACGCUACCAAAUGAAGCAAAUAUUUAGUUGUUGUUUUAAAAAAAAAAUAUUGCCAAAAUACGCUCAUUGUUUUUUUUCGGUACUAUGAUUCCGGUUCAUUGAACAGGAAGCAUAUUUUUACUGCGAAAAGUACAAGCUGUAUUUCUAAGUUAACCAAGAACCAGUGCAAAACAAAUGCGAAGCAGUUAAUUUUAACCUAAUGAAAAUAAGCAACAAAUAACAAAAUUGCAAUUACUUAGCAUGCGAAGAAACGGUUCAAUCGCAACUAUUGGAGUAAGAUGGUGUGCAACCAUGAUUACUAAGGGGCGUCAAUUAUCGUAUUCAUCUGAAUGGUGGGAAUCGAACCAGCACCCAAAUACACUUCUAUGGAAUUACAUACUAACCCUAGCUAACUUGUCUUAAAAAUAUAUAGGAUAAAGAUGGUAAGAUUGAAUUUAAAUACCAAUAACAUAAUCAAUUAUAACGGUAAAUGGACUUUGAAUGUUUGCAAAUGUUUCAAUCUGUUAAGACACUGAGUAAAAACAAAUAUCAGAAUAAUACAUUCUUCUUGUAUGCUCAGUGAAGAACAAACAAUUAUGCGUAAUUGUCAAUUGAAAGCAAUUAAAAUCACUGGAUAAAACAUUAAAAAAAAAACAAACAUUUGCUCAAUUCGAACGGUACGGAAAGUUAAGUCAGUAUCAAACAUGUUAAGAUCUAAUCGCAUUUAUCUCCAAUGAUAUAUAAUCGACUACUCCUUCAAUCGAGUUUUGCAGCCGACAGUAUUACGUUUAGGAUGGUAAUUUUGAGGAAUUACUUGCUACCACAAAAAAAACAGCUAUUCCCAAACAUCACCGCUCACAUGAUUACAGGAUAUCACUAAGGAAAUGUGGCGUUGAACUGUUAGACAAUGACAAAGACAAACAAAACAGGGCCUACGAACUUCUUAGCAUCCGAAGAGCAUUUUGCUAGCUCUGCGAUUCGUAAAUUAUUAUCGUACUAAAUAUUGCAUUUACAGGAAUUUUAAUUUUUCUACAAAAAUUUUAUAGCGAACUAUACAUGAGAAGUAAAUUAGUUUUCGGUAGCGAAAUUAGAAUAUCAAAACCUGCAUUGGUAGCAUCUCUAGAUCAUCAUUAUUACCAGAUACGGAACUGGUUUCUAGCGCUGUCACAUUGCAAAAGACAUAGAUUGAAAUCCACGCAUAUCACGUAUCGUCAAAUCCCUGCGGAGCUAACUGUUUAGAUUUGUCCCCUAUUUCUGUAAGUGAUCAUUUUUUAAUUUGUUAAUAUUUUUUUUUGAUUAGCCAUAUGUGAGAAAAUCUCGAAAUUGAGCUCGCUGAAGAUAAGUUACGCUUCUAGCACAAAAAAAAACAGUGAAUAUCGAGAAAUGAGCGAAUUGCACUGAAGAGGAAAACAAAAGCAACAACGUUAAUUGUAUUCGCAGAAUUUUCCCUGCGAACAGUUCAAGGAAGGGAUAAACGAUUUGCCAUACUACUAUGAUGUAUUGAAACUGAAGUAAACUCGUACAAGAGAAUUAUUUUUUAACAAUUGUUCUAGGUGCUAUAAUUUGAGUCUUAUUUUUAUUCGUUUUCGUUUUUUAAUUGUAAUCAGUCGGAGCGUUUGCAGAAUAGAAAAUACACACACAAACAAAAAAAAUCAUUCCGUGUAUCGUUAUACGGAUUUUGUCGUUGAAUAAUGUUAAUGAAAAAUAAUAUAUAAACUACAAUUAAAAAAAAAGCUGUACUGUUAAGCAAAGUAAGCAUUAUGCAGAGAAUGAAGUUAUUGUAAAAUAAAGUAAAAAGCAAAGAUGACAAGCCUCGUUUAGUAUAAUUUAUACGCCACCAAAUAUAAUACGAGCUGCUUAAAUUGUUCAUAAUUAAUGGCUAAAUAAAACAGUAAAAAAUGAAA